UCCCCAUUACCUGCCGGCCUGUAGGAGACAUGUGACCCCGUGUUUCUAUAGCGCACCCCAAUACUCAGAGGAACUAUAGUGUUACUGAUUCCUUGUGCUAAGCCCCCCGACCGAGGAGGGGCCCCUGCACCCCGACACUUCUGCUGCAGAUCCUCCUCAUUGCCCCUGAGAUGCCAGUGAUGAGCAAUUUCACAAAAGAGAAGCCGACAAAGGAGGCGCGGACAGGCGGCGGCGGGGCCCUCCAGGAAGAGAAAGGCAGAUGUGGCCAUUUUUUUGCAGGAUCCGGACGAAAACCUGGAGCUGGAGAUGUUGGAAAUGACCAAGAAGAAGCAGUACGAGCAGCAGGAUUAUUGGAAAAACGGUGACUCGUGGAGAAGCCCCUGCAAGUUCAUCCCUACGCCUGAGAAAGAAUCAGGGUCUCUAGAUGUUGCCCCUCACCCUCGGUAUGCCUGCCUGAAAUUCCCAUCGUCUAUGGUGUCGCCUCUUCCACAGCUCAGCUGGGCCAACCAUGAUGAUGUGUGGAGAAACAUGCUGCGCAAGGACGCAACCUAUCUGAGGGACAAAAAUGUCUUCCGGAGGCAUCCAGAGCUGCAGCAGAGCAUGAGGUCCAUCCUGCUGGACUGGCUCAUGGAGGUCAGUGAAGUUUAUAAACUGCAGAGAGAGACUUUCUUCCUGGCACAAGACUUCUUUGACCGGUUUAUGGCAGAGCAAGAGAACGUGGUAAAGACCAGUCUCCAACUCAUUGGCAUCACCUCCUUAUUCAUCGCUGCCAAGCUGGAGGAAAUCUACCCUCCCAAGCUCAAUCAGUUUGCCUACAUUACAGACUGUGCUUGCACAGAGGAGGAGAUUCUAAACAUGGAACUGAUAAUCAUGAAGGCACUUAAGUGGCGUUUAUCGCCGAUGACUGCGGUCUCGUGGUUGAACGUCUACUUACAAGUGGCGUACAGUAAAGAACUUCAGCAUUUCCUGCUCCCCCAGUACCCGCAGCAGACCUACAUACAGAUAGUGGAGCUCCUAGAUCUGUGUAUCCUGGACGUUGGGUGUCUGGAAUAUUCGUACAGCGUCCUGGCCGCCUCUGCCCUCUAUCACUUCUCCAAUGCACAACUUGUGGAAAAGGUGACGGGCUAUGAAUGGAUGGCACUUGAAUCCUGCAUAAAACACAUGGUACCGUUUGCAAUGGCCAUAAGAGACUCACGUAAACAGACCCAAUUAAAGUUCUUCAAGGGGAUGGACGUGGAAGACGUGCACAAUAUCCAGACGCACACGGGCUGCUUGGACCUGCUGGAAAAAGCCCAAGUGAAGAUGGAAAUGCUUGUGGAGAAGAACAGAGUGACUCCGGUCCCCAGCGGGGUCCUGACUCCUCCACAGAGUGACAAGAAACAGAGGGCGGACGACUCUGAAUAAUUCUGCCACGUGCUGGACUAUUUACCUGGCAGGGUUACCUAUGUGUUGGCUGCGUUACAUUUUAUAGUGUUUUUAUGUUUUAUGAACUUCUUCCUAGGGGGCGCUCUACGUCAAUCACCAGCGAUUGCUGAUAUAUAUAUUUUUUUUUUUAACACGCGGCUGAAGACGCCUAAGUGUUUAUUUUUGCUGCUAUUGAAAAUGCUGCUGAAUGCCAAGGAAAGUAAUGGACGGGGGAGGGGUGACUACUCGGCACGGCUGGGUGUCAGGUUUACGUUUCAGUGUGCAAUCUCCUGUCCUCUUUACGAUCUGUACCAUUUUAUGAAUCUGUUAAAUGCUGCUAUAUAUUUUAAAUAAAGAUGCCAUCAGGGAGAUGGCAACAUUCUUAA